CUCUAUAAGACGUAAUCGGCUAAUUGUUCAUAGUUGUAUUUAUUUGCCUUUUCUAUUUACUAACUACUAACUACAAUAUACUAACAGUGUAGUAUUUAACCCGGUCGGGAUAGGUCCCCAGUGGUCAGAUUUGUCAUCUCAUCCGGAGUUAAUGCAAAGCGUCCUUCGUUCCAUUGCGUUACUACGUCAGCGGCAUCCCACUUACACUUACAGCUAACACGGCGCGCCCCGCACUCAAUGGCCUUGAAGUCGUAAUUAUGAAGCCAGUGUGUCUCUGAGAAAUGUAUAAUAGGAUAUGUACCUCCUACAUACCUAUGUAGGACUUCCUUGUCUAUUACAUCUACCUAGGUAGCUUACGUGAAUAGAAUAUAUCAUAUAAUACGAUAACCCCCCUUGGGCCUUUAGAUAUCGGGUCCGUUCUAGAUUCCCAUAACUUGCCGCUCUGUCCUCCUUCAACACCAGCGCAAAAGAUCGAAAGAAUGGCAGCUCCCUUACCGUCCCCGACGCCAACUUGGCACAACGAUACCUACGCAGCUAUCUCCCCGAAACGACCUGAGCUUAGUGCCGCGGGGAAGACUGUCGUGAUUACCGGCGCUGGGGGUGGCGUCGGCCGCGAAACCGCGCUCGCAUUUGCUGACGCUGGAGCUUCUCGUAUCGUACUCCUGGGCCGCACCGAAGAGACUAUCAAGACGGCAGCUUCUGCGCUUCCUAGUUCUGCCUCAGCUCAGACCUUUGCGGUGGAUAUUACUCAAGAAGAUGCGCUUCAACGAGUCGCGGCUGAAGUGGGAACGUGGGAUAUCCUUAUCCAUACCGCCGGUUAUGUCUCUACUCCUGGCCCUAUCGCCUCUUCGGAUACUAACGAGUGGUGGAAAAGCUUUGAGACAAAUGCCAAAGGCACAUUCCUCAGCAUCAAGACGUUCUUACCUACCGCAAACAAGACACAUGCUACCAUCCUAGCUCUCAACACCGGCACCAUUGCGCUCCCCAGCGCGGCCCUGCCCGGCUUGUCUGCGUACAUGGCGUCGAAGCUCGCCGAGACCAAGAUCAUCGAGUUCCUAGCCGCGGAGCAGCCGAAUGUCUUCGCGGCGACGGUGCACCCUGGUCUGAUUGUGUCGGAUAUUUUCAAGAAGAGCGGCGCGAAGGCUGAGGCUGUGCCUUUGGAUAAACCCCAACUCCCGGCUCAUUUUCUAGUAUGGCUGUCCAGCCCCGAAGCUAGCUUCCUGAAGGGUCGCGCUGUGUGGGCUAAUUGGGAUGUGGACGAGCUGAAGGGACAGGCUAAGGCUAUAGAGUCGGGGAUACAGUUUACGAGCGGUAUUAAUGGCUGGCCGUUCUCUGCUGCGUAGUUGGGGAUUCUGGUAAUCCGUUACAUGUGUUUACUUAUACUAGGAGUUGAUAGCAAGGACAUCAGCUUUCCUCGAGUAUUACGGGGAUAUUUCGAGAUAGGCUACCGUCUAUUAAAUUAUAGAAGAUUUUAGAUAUUUACGUAUUAUUGCCUUUAGGAAGCCUACAUACGGGUAUUAAACUGAUACUAUUAAUAAAUGAUCCAUUGAAGUUAAACACAUGCGACUUAUUA